AGGAGCUUCCUGCAAGGCAGGAGCUGUGACUGCUGCUGCUGGAAUACGACAAUUUUCACUUUAUUUGAGAGCUCUAGCGAUGAGCUUCUGAGCUGACUUCUUGAAGUGCUGGAGGUCAAGGGUACCAUGGGGAAGAAAAGACUUUCCUCCAGCGACAAUGUGUUCAAGUUCGAGACUCCCAGUAGCCCGAAGACCACUCCCGAGGCCCUAAACGGCUCCUCUGACAGCCCCAGCUUUCUGUUUUUCGGCUUAGAGGCUGAGAAUGGUGUGGAGGAUAGGAAGAAGAUCAGCAAGUCGCCAACAGCCCAGUCCCCUACCUCGUCAGUGGAGGCCGAGUCCCCAGACCAGAAGAGAAGCAUCGGCCUGUGGUCAAAAUCCAGUUUUGAUGGUUCCACUUGGUCGGGCGAUAAGAAUGAGUGUAAAGCCGAAAGCAAGACUGAAAGAAAGAAGUCUUCGUCUUCCAGCCAGUACAAGGCGAACAUGCACUUUCACAAGUUAUUUCUUGAUGUCCCAACUGAAGAACCACUGAGGCAAAGCUUUACCUGUGCUCUCCAGAAAGAAAUUCUAUACCAAGGAAAGCUCUUCGUGUCGGAAAACUGGAUUUGUUUUCAUUCCAAAGUCUUUGGAAAAGACACUAAGAUCUCUAUCCCAGCUUUCUCCGUCACCCUGAUAAAGAAAACCAAAACCGCCCUUCUGGUGCCAAAUGCCCUGAUCAUAUCGACGGUCACAGACAGGUACAUAUUUGUCUCCUUACUCUCCAGAGAUUCAACAUACAAACUGCUAAAAUCCGUGUGUGGACACUUGGAGAACACUAGUGUCGGUAACAGUCCCAACCCAUCUUCUGCUGAAAAUAGUUUCCGGACAGAUCGCCCUUCAUCUCUGCCUCUGGAUUUCAACGAUGAAUUCUCAGACCUGGAUGGAGUGGUUCGACGACGAAGACAAGACAUGGAAGGGUACAGCAGCUCCGGCUCGCAGACUCCAGAGUCCGAGAACUCCCGAGACUUCCAUGUGACUGAGUCUCAGACACUUCUGAAUGUCACCAAGGGAGAAACAAAACCACCUCGGACAGAUGCCCACGGGAGCAGAGCCCCUGAUGGAAAAGCCAAGAGCCUGCCUGCACAUGGCCAGUCGGAAACAGUCGGGAUUUUGCCUAAAGUCACGUCUCAGAAAUGUCCAACCCUCCGCCAUAUUCUUAUUUUCUAUGCAAUUGUUUCCGUGCCUGCCUUUGCCAUGGUUGCUCUUACUGAUGUUUCCCUUUUUCCUCACAGGCAAACAGUCCCAUCAGGCCUGGGAUCACCAGUACAGUUAAAUGUGGAGGCCCUGUGCCAAGAACUUACAGCUAACAUAGUGAAAUUAGAAAAGAUACAGAACAACUUACAAAAGCUGCUUGAGAAUGGUGACUGAGUGACCGGAUGCUGGGGCCAACAUAAUACCUCGUUUUCCCUUGAAGAAGGUGCUUCCCGAGAGAGUCUGCUGUGCGCCCCCUGCUGGCCAGAGGCGCAAGAGGCUGAGACUCCAGAUGUGUUUGCACUUGGAGCUCUCCAGCUCAGGAAAGGGGGAAAGGGAAUGAUUUUGCUUUUGUGCAAUAAAAGUUGACCUUGUCUCUGCUGCUGCCUGAAGAAAACAGACCCAUCUCGGGAGGUGGGCAAGGUCCUGGAGGACACCUGUAGCGCGAGAGUUAUGGUGAUGGUCAGUAAACACUGCACUCCAUGCUUUUCAGCCCUCCCCAGCCUCCUCUCGGCUCCCUUCACCCAUCCCAACCAACCUUCAGACCUAAGGGGUACGCCGUAUACCAACAAACUCAAUAUGGUUCUUUAAAUUAGCCACGAGCCUCCAACAAGGCAGUGAAUAUUUCCAGAUGAACAGGCUUGCUUCAGACACCUGCGUUUUGGUCUCUGUUUUUUUGUUUUUUGUUUUCCUCCUGUGCUUAUGUUCUGAUUUCUCCCGUCUAUGAGUUUCAGUUUUUCAUUUUAGUUUUGUGAGCAUGUCUGGUAAAGUGAAUUAAAGGUUGCAUCUGUGUUGGGCUGUUUUGUUCCCCGUGACUGGUACUUAAUUGGAGUGAUUCUCCUCCACCUCCGAUCAGGAAUCUUCGAGGUGGCAGACUGAAGUACUGGAUUAGAUUCACCCUGAAACCACAACUAAUCCUUAAGCCAAAAGUUGCAAUAGUGAUUUCCUAUGCGAUGGAAAGUACUGUUUCUAAGAUUCUAAGUGGACUACGGUAGCAGUUUUGAGCCAGGAUGUCUGUGUUGGACUCUAAAUCCCAUUUCAGCAUGGUAAUUGGCUAUCUCUCUCCUACAAUAAAGUAAUAAGUGGUGGGUUGCUAACUUUACUUACCGUAUGGGUUGGAUUUUUUUUUUAUUAAUAAUUAUUUAGGGUACCGUAAGAUCUGUAAGUGUAAAACAUUCUAUCUGCAAUGCGUUUUAUAAUCAUUUCUAUGAAAUGUAUUUUGUUUAAUCAGAUAAGCUAAUAAGUGGAUUGGUUACAUCAUUUGUAUUUUGUCAGCCUACUGGGUAACUGUGCCUGGUGCACCGGCUUUUAAUAAAUACUCAUUGGCUAAAACACUCUAUGUAA